CUUUUUCACCCGGUUGUCACCCGCUAGACAUGGCUCGACAGCUCUUCCUUCUCGUCCUCCUCGGCGCCGUCACGCUCCUUCACGCGGAAGUCCCAUCAUUCAUCAGAGUCUGCGGCCGCCAGAAUCCUCAGCUCGACAAAUGCAUCCAGGAGAGUAUCAUGAGACUCAUGCCCAAGCUCAAAGAAGGCAUACCCAACCUGGACGUGCCGUCCCUGGAGCCGCUCUUCGUUGACAGCAUAGCCAUUGCCAACAUUAACGAUUUCCAGGCGCUCGCGACCAAUGUUAAGUUGGGCGGACUGUCGAGCUUCCACAUCAAGCAUAUGCACGUUGAUCUGAAGGACCAGAGGAUCGACGUUGAAAUUAUCUUCCCGAAAAUUUCAAUGGACUCGGACUAUAACGUCAAGGCUAAAAUCAUCGUGCCGAUCAACGAGAAGGGCCCGAUCAAAUGUACAACAAAUGACGUCAACGCGAAGGUCUCGAUAAAAUUCCAGAUAACCGAGCGUCGAGGACAACGACUCAUUUACUUUCCAUCAAUGACGACGAAGCUCAUGAUAACAGAUUACAUUGCCGAUUUCGAGUCGAACGACGGUGGAAAAACUAAUCCGGUGACCGAGGCGAUCAAUUCCAUAUUGGUAAGCAGCAAGGAGGAAAUAAUCACGAGUAUGACACCGAAUUUGGAAAAGGCGAUAUCGGAGAAGGUUCUCAACGUGGCCAACCGCAUUUGCAAGCACUUUACUUAUGACGAACUCUUUCCCGAUCGGCCUUGACUUCCUCUUCGUUC